AUGGCAUUGAAUCGAGGAGAUACUGCUUUAGUUUUAGCUGCAGAAGAAGGAUAUGAUAAUAUUGUACAGUUAUUAAGUGAAGAAGCUGAUCCAAAUACUUCAGUUAAUAAUAAGAAGUUAUAUGAAGCUGCUAAAAGAGGUGAUUCUACUGGUGUCCAGUCUGCACUGUCUCAAGGAGCUAAUGUAAACUAUCAGAAUCCUAAAGAGUUUGGAGCUUCUUCUCUUCAUGUUGCUGCAAGAGGAGGAUAUCAUGAUGUGGUACAAAUUUUAUUGUCUGCUAGAGCUACAAUUCGCCUUAGAGACACAGUGAGUAUAUACUGGAUUAACAAAAAUGUGUUAUAG